AUGCAAGCGUACGCGACACCGGCCGCCGGCGCCACAGCUCGAAUUCACACAAUCCCCGCCACCACUUCGUAUUCCGAGCAAGAGGUGUCCUGUAUCUGUGAGUCGCUGUUCAACGAAGGCCUACAGACUGGACGGACGGAACAACUGACACACUUCCUAUGGACCCUGCCGGAUCACCUGAAAUGCCUCGAAAGUGCACUGAAAGCCCACGCACUGGUGCUGUUCAGUCAACAACAAUGGAAACAACUCUACCGAUUGUUGGAGACUCACAAGUUCAGUCCACAUAAUCAUCCAGUACUACAAGAUCUAUGGUUACGAGCUCACUACACUGAAGUAAGAUUUUCUCAUUCUUAUUGA